CCUGCCUUUCGGUCCCUUCCUUUUUGUCUCUCCUCCCCUUGCCGGCAGCCCCCUCCCGCCCGCUUGGCCGGACAUUCGCCCGCCCCUGUCCCAUCCUACGCCCGGCAGCCACCUGUCCGUGCACUCUCUAUUGCCGUGCGCCAGCCCCAGAUGUCGGAGAGUGGUGCCCCCAUCGCCAGGUCCCGGAUCGCCGCGGCGGCCCCUGGAGCCCUGCCGGGCCUCGCUCCCUCCGUGCGCAUUGCGGCUCCUGGUGGCGCGGCCCCCGCCACAGGCGGGGUGGUUUUUCGCCGCCCCGGGCACAGGUCGCGCCAGCGAUCGGAGCCGGCCACCCAUGCCACCCCGCCGGCGCAAAGCCCGCUCGAGGCGCCACCCGACGACCUGGUCUUUCUGCGUGUGAAGCGUCGCCGGAAUGAUGAGCCACUGGAUACUUUCGUUGUUCCGGACAGUGCGACCCCGUCGGACGCGGCCGGGGCCAAGCGCAUGCGGCUCUUCCGCCGGGCGGUAACCACGCAAUCGUCCUCCAGUCUGCCGACCCUGCUGCUGGAUCCCAAGCGCCGGCAUGACGCCAUGCAAAAUCUGACCGCCGGUCAGCCGAGCACCGGAGGCGCGGUGUCGACCGCGGAGGCGCCAGCCCAGGGUACUCGAAUGGCCGGGCCGGCAGCCGGCGAUGCUGGCGGGGCUGUCCCGGCUGCCAGCUCGGCCGCGACCCGGCGCCCGGAAGAGGCCGAGGGGGUGGACCUGGCCAUGCUGGUCCCCCCCGGCCCGGGGCCAGCCAAGCGGCCGACGGUGGGUCUCUUCAAGCCAACCAUCCCGAAGUCCGGGCCUCGAGCCCCGGGCCCGUUCACGGCGGCGGCGGCGGCGGCGACGGCGGCGGCGGCGGCGCCGCCCACCGGGCCUUCGACGUCCGGGGACCGGCCGCUGAGUCCGCCGCUGAGCCCGGCCUUCCCGCCGCAUCCCCUUUGGGGGGGGCCGGCCCCGCCGACGAGUGGCAGCCCCCGGCGGGCGGCUGGUCCCGGGGUCGGGGCCCAGGCCCUCCCGUCGGGGGAGAUGCUGCUGGAGGCACGGACUGACCGGAUGCGGGAGGAUCGGGCCUCCUCGCGCCAGCAGACCUUCCGGAUUGCGCGCCUUCGACGGGCGGCCCCCACGGCGCUGGAUGCCAGCCGACUGACGGCGGCCGAGCGAGCCAGCGCCGCGCCUCUGGCCGCCGGAGCCCGGCUCAUCGACUUGGAGGCCCUGGCGGAGGGGCAUGCGGAUCGGGCGGCCGGGCUGCCGGCCGACCCGUCCAUCCUGGGGCCUACCGGGGACCGGCAUUCGGAGUAUGUGUACGAUGUGUACUGCGAGGCGGAUGCCGGGGCGGCCGGGGGCCCGGGAGGGCAUGCCGGCCGGGCUGGCAUCGAUGCCGAUGACGCUGGCACCAUCGAGUCCUUCGAUGAGAGCCUGCUGCGGUAUGCCAAUGCUCCGGAGCCCUCCGGCCCCGGGGCCGUGGAUGUGGAGAACUACUUCUGGUUCGAUGACUAUGACGAUAUGCUGGCCAAUGAGUAUGACCAGGAUGCCAUGGACGACGAUGAGGACUCCAAUGCCGAGGACUUCUGGGCCAACGAUUACCCCGAUGAGGAGGAGGACUUUGAGGACUACACCAUCGGCGGGUACUCCGACGAGGAGGAAAACUAUGGCGCGGCCUCCUUCUCGACGUACCGGCAGCCGCGACGCCAGUAUGGCGACGACUCCUCGGACUCGGAUGGCAGCUGGUCCGGGUCCUCCUCCGACGGAGAGGGGACCCCCUAUGGGGGCAUGGCGAUGGACAUGGAGGCCAAUGAGUUUGCCUCGCGGCCCGGCCGCCGGGGCGGCCACCGGCACCGCCAUCACCCGGGGGCGGCCAUGUCCGAAGAUGGCGACAGCGAUGUCGACGGGGGCGCCUGCUCGGAUGCGCCGCCGGCCUACUGGUCGGCUUCGGCCUCGUGGCUGUGUCGACGCCAGGAGGCCGGGGACGACUGCCGGACGCACGGGCCAUCCGGCUUCCGGUAUGCCGCCGGAGAUGAGGACUAUUCGGACUUCUCGGAUGACGGCGAGCGGGAGGUGGCCCGGCGCCACCGGGACCAGCGCCUGGCUCGGCGCCGGGCCGACGAGGCCGAGGCCACUCGCCGGGCCGAGGACCUGGCCCAGCUCAUGGACCGGUUGGGGCUGGGCUCUCGGCCGGCCUCGGCCACGGCCAGCCCGGCAUCGCGUGCGCUCUCCUCCGAUCGGGACGUCAGCAUCCUGUGGGCCGAGGGGGCGGCCGGGGCCGGGGCCGGGGCCGGGGCCGGUGGCCCCGGCAUGCAGCCGGGCCAGCAGCUGGUGGCGCCGGUGGACCCGGCUGUCUGGCGGGCCGUGGACGCCGGGUCUGCCGGGCUGGCCUCGGGGCCGGACUUCUCGCAGCUGGCCGGCAUGGCGGCCGGCGGCCGGGUGUCCCUGCGCGUGGGCUAUUCCCUCUCCUCCGAGGACGACGAUGGGGAGCUGAGCGACUCGGACCGGCGGCUCUUUUCGCGGGUGAGCGCCGCUCGCCGCCAGGAGGAGCUGUAUUCGGAUGACUUCAUUUCCGACGAGGAGGAUGCCGAUGAAGAGGAGGAUGGCGAGUACUAUGGGCCGACUUCGGCCCGGGGAGGAGGGGGCUUGGCCGGGUCGUCGGCGCAUGGCGCGUGGCGUGGCAUCCGCCCGCAGCAGCCCUUUUAGGCCUGCGCCUUCCCGCCUCCGGCGAGGGAGCACCGGUUUGCCUGUGCCUUCCGCGUGUUCUUUUUUUUUUUCGCCCUCUCUCCUCGUGCGCGUGUCCAGGCGGCCGGGGAAAAAAAAAAAAGAAAGCCCGCAACAAAAUAUAGAUAGAUGCACGAUGGGCGUGUCGUCUCUCCUUCGUGUGACCUGUGCACUCGCC